GGUGUUGCGCUCAUGCUGCACUGAUUUACUGUAGUGCUGUUUAUCUGCAUGAAUGUGUCUUUCUGUAUGAAAGUGUGCUUUUAACCGAUGGUGCUGCAUUCCAGGCGUUUGAUAAUCUUUAGUUUUACAAAGAAAUGCGCCACUAAAUAAAUCACAGCCACCGACAAAUGACUUUUACUUUAUUGAAUAUAACUGUUGUCAGUGUUGAAAUCACUCAAAAAGGUCUUGCAAGGUGCAGUCAGUGAGUCAUGGCAGACAUACCUGGAUUUUACUAUGACCCAGAAAAGAAACGAUACUACCGCAUGCUACCAGGGCACAACAACGUAAAUCCUUUCACGUCUCAGCGGGUGUUAGAGAAACAGCGGGAGAAGAAGCGACAGGAGGCCGUGAGCGAAUGGAGACCCCGGGGUGGGAUGGCACGCGAGGCCGGCCUCCGUGGCAUUGCGGGCGUGCGCAGAACAAGAGCCUUGGCGAAGGGCUGCAACGUGGUGACCCUAACCAGCAAUAACCAGCUCGGCGCCUACAGAUGCGACGUGUACAGGUCGCUGACUCGCGCCUCUCACUUAGCCAUGCUGAACCCAUCCACCUACGUGCAGGCAUCCCUCGCGACGGCCGCCGUCGACGCGUUUCAGGGCCACACGGAGAUCCACGACAUCGCGUGCAGCGCGGCAAGCAAGCGGCUCGCGGUAGCCUACAACCGGCCACUGUGGUUCUCGCACUACGACCUGUCGCCCGACCGCUGGCUGCGGCCGACCGGCGGCAUGCGCGGCCGCGAGGUCGCCGCCUGGCUGAGCGGCAUGAUGCUGAGCAGGCUGCAGUUCCUGCGGCUGGGCGAGCGCGCCGACGAGCCGAGCUUUGUGCUGUACGCGUGGACGUGCGACAAGGCGAGGGGCACCACGCUCACACUGAGAGACUUUGCGCUGAAUAGCGUCCCCGAGUGGCGCGCGUCCGUUACGAAGAUGAGGCAUCUGCAGUCGCUGGUGGGAGUGUGGAGGGAUCGACAGCCCCUGGUGUCGGCCGCGUGGGAGGCGGUGAUGAAGCUGCCCGUGAUACUGUAUGAUGUGACGAGCAAUGCUAAGCAGGGCAUACAAGCGUUGAGAGGACGUUCCGUACACUCACAGUUGUUUAACGAGAAUGGGAACCUGCUAUACUCUGGCUUGAAGGAUGGUCGGGUCUUCUGUGUUGACACUAGGGAACUUGAGAGGCCAGUGUGCCAGCUAAGGUACCAGGGAGCAAAUGUGGGCGUAUGCUGCAUGAGAAUGCAACCAGAUCCCAACUAUAUACUGACAGGAGACUAUGAUGGAGGAAUUCUACGCUGGGAUGUUCGCAUGCGGAAAGUGAUGCAAGAGUUUCAUGGUCAUGAGAACGAUUACCAUGGGCUGCCAUUUCAUGUUGAUGACACCGCCAACAUCGUCUAUGCAGUUGGAACAGAUGGCUUCACCAGAGCAUGGAGUCUCACUACGGCGCAGCUUCUCUGCACUCUACCUGCUCCCUGCCCAGUCCAGGAUGCUGCCCACGUUCCCAAGGUGCUAUUUUCUACUGAGUGGGGCGGAGUCAGUGGUUGUACAGGCUUCCUAUUUUCGGCCAACGUUGAUAAACGCCCGAUGGCCUACUUAUAUCCAGUCAGACCAGCAGUGUUUCAGCUCUGACAGCAGUACCAACAUAUCAUCCCAGCAGCAUAUAGCAGCCACCCUAUAAGGAUCGAGUACUCAAUUCUCAAGUUGUUUCAGCAGCAGCCCUAUAAGGAUCGAGUACUCAAUUCUCAAGUUGUUUCAGUUUUUAUAACGAUGUGAAUUAAUUAAUAAAUAUAUUAAGUUAUUUGGUCGCAA